GAGCGCCAAAUUCAAACAGGGAACCGAUGGCGAUGGCGGGGGGUGGAUCCGAGCCGGGCUGCAGGUGGUGAAGCUGGAUCUUCCUUGCGCCUCUUCUGCUCGCCUGGGGAGGGGGACUUGUUCCUCUCAUUUUCAAUGGAGAGUGACUGUACAGAUAAAUAAUGAGGACCAGCCCUUGCAGGCCCUUAAUUCUCAAAAGAAGGAAACUGACCCUUCUACAGAAGGAGGCAUCCAGUACUUCAGGAAGAGAUGAGAACAGCGGUCACGAUGAAAAUGCACCUAAGCAGGAACAUAGCCAGGAGUACCAAAAUGACAGCCAAUGCAAAGACAAAACAGGCUGUGGCCUGCAGAAAUUCCCAGAGGGAAUAAAGAUAAUGAACCAUCCUACCAUGCCCAACACGCAAGUGGUGGCCAUCCCUGCAAAUGCGGAUAUCCAGAGCAUCAUAGAGGCCCUGACAGCAAAAGGAAAAGAAUGUGGCAACAAUGGGCCCAAUAAGUUCAUUCUCAUUAGCACUGGGGGAACUUCUCGUUCAACAGGUUUGGUGCUAUCACAGCACCUUCCCUCAGUGGAGGAACCUGGCACAGUGGCUAGGACUGCAAACAGUCAAGUAAGGGAGAAGAAUACAUCACAGAUACCUGAUCCUGCAGGAGGAUCAAUGGCCUGGCAUUCAGGAACUGAUUCUGCGUUUGCACAGAAGCAGGAGAACAGCAGUGGCGACACAGUGAGCUCUGUGCUGGAUAAUAGUCUCACUAACAUCCAGUGGCUGGGGAAGAUGAGAACUGAAGGACUAACUCCCUGUUCUGUGAAACAAGGCAUGGAGAAGGAGAACCAGAUCCCUCUGCAGGAAAGAAUGAAGACUGAAGAAGAUUCUGCUGCUGUUGCCGUUCCCUCCUCUUCUUCCUCAUGGCAGGAUUCAGUGUCAGAACGACCUCCAUACUCCUACAUGGCUAUGAUCCAGUUUGCCAUCAACAGCACUGAGAGGAGGCGUAUGACUCUGAAAGACAUCUAUACCUGGAUUGAGGAUCAUUUCCCAUAUUUUAAGCAUGUGGCUAAGCCAGGUUGGAAGAAUUCUAUUCGGCAUAACCUGUCCCUCCAUGACAUGUUUGUCCGUGAGACAUCUGCUAACGGUAAAAUCUCAUUCUGGACUAUUCACCCUGAUGCCAACCGUUGCCUAACAUUGGACCAAGUGUUUAAGAUGAUGUCUGUGUUUGGAGGAAAAAAGAAAAGGGUGCUGUGGCUUUUGCUGCUGGAGCUUCUUUGGGAUGCAUUCAUUCUUCAGCCGCUGGACUUGGGGUCAACAUCGUCUGAGCACUCUGAAUCACAGCAAAAGCAACACGUUGCAGAUCCCCAGAAGACCAUGGGAAGCAACAGUAGCAGCAAAACCGAACCCCAGAGUGCACGACGGAAGAUGAAGCCUUUGCUUCCUCGGAUCAACUCCUACCUUGUUCCAAUCCAGUUUCCAAUGAGUCAGCCUCUUAUCUUGCAGCCUUCUUUGAAGGUUCCUCUACCUGCGGCACAGGGAACAUCCCAAAACAGCUCAGAGACCUUCCAGAGCAAUAAACGUGUGCGCAUUGCUCCAAAGAUGUCUCUCUCUUUUGAAGAGUCGUCCUCUUUACCCAUGGCUGCGGUCAAGGAGGCGAGCCAAUGUGAUGAAGGAUUAUUUUCCCCAACACAUUCUCUGAAGGAGACCAACUGUCAGACUGGUGAGGAACCAUCUUUCCCUGAGGCACUCGCUAUUAAGGAGGAGGAAGGCUCACAGCUGGGAGACUGGCUGUCCCCUUUUGCUUCAACCAUAACUGUAAAGGAAGAGUCAGACUUGUUUGUCCCUGUCUCAGCCGCGACAGAGAAGAAAUGUUUCACUGUGCUGAAGUCACCAUCUAAGGGUGUUUCUGACUCACUAGUUAUAAAGAGAUGUGAUAGGCGGGAAAUGAGCAGAUCCAGAAGGAAACAGCGCCUAGCACUGCCUUGCUCAGAAGAGCCUGUCCUUAUCUUUCAGGAGAGCAAUGAAUUUGAUCCUUUACAGUUAGGAGCAGACCUCCCCUUACUGCAGGAAGACCAGCCUCUAGAGAACGUAUCACAGCUGAGAUGCCUCCAGGGUGAAGAGGGACCUUUUAAAACACCAGUCAAAGAGAUGUUCAGCAAAUUGCCAGUUUCUUCGACUCCCUGCAAAGUCCCAGCAACUACUACUACUACCCCCCCGACAGGGGGCCUUGACCCCUGGAAGUCUGCAUUGUCAGCCAAGAGAGGUAAUGAGCUGGAUUUCAGUCCGGUGAGAACCCUUCAGCUGCCAUUCACACCCUUCCAGGAGAACCAGGACUUGCUGGAUUUUAACAGCACCCCCCUUAAAAAUCCUCUCCCUGAGUCCUCUUGGGAACUGCUCAAUACAGAAUCCAAUGACACAGUGCACAGCCCCCUCACGAGCUCUCCAUCUCUUAUUCACAAAUCUGCUAAGCAGUUGCCCCUUGAACUGCCAGCCUCUGGUUUUACUGAAAACCGAUCACUCAUGGAGGGCCUGAUUUUGGACACCAUGAAUGACAGUUUGAGCAAAAUCCUUUUAGAUAUCAGCUUUCCUGGUCUUGAGGAUGAAAACUUAGGAACAGACAUUAGUUGGUCUCAGCUUAUACCUGAAAUGAAGUAAACUGUACAGAAGCCUGAAUUUGGCUUAUUUGGAUUUAAAAGAAAGCACCCUCCUUUUCUGAGAUCUGUUCGUGUAGUCAAAAGCAGAUACUCUUUUUAGACAGUUCUUUCAUUCAUGGGAAUACUGAUUCCUGCUAAGCUGGGAAACAGGCCUGUUGGCUGCUAUGAGCUGCCUUUUUGAGCUGCAAUGGACUAUUUAUCCAUGUCAAAGUAGAACCUCUCUAAUCCGGUGCUAGAGUGGAGAGUCCCUGGAGAGGGGUUAUCAGGAAAGCAUCUAGAUAGGCCCUGAACAGCUCUGGCUAAUCGAGGCAUUAAAGAAAUGGGUACACUCCUCAACCAUGUCCAAUAGGAAAGGCUCUGAGCACUUCCUCCUUCUCUGGCCUUACUUUCUUUUACUUUGUUCUCAUCUUAUUUAGCCUCUUCUGUUUAGGUUUAAUGGCUUCAAGCCCCUUACAUUCCUUAAAUUACUAGCUCUUUAUUAUAACGGUAACUUUAUUCUUGUAGAGUUAUUAGGGGAAUAUUUGAGUUGGUAAAAGGAUUUAGCUUAGCAUCCGUAUGUUCUGCUUGCCCUGUAUUCAUCUAGAUGAGAUCCCCAAACACCAUUUUCUUUUUAUCCAAAAACACAUUGGCCUUGAAAGUUGCCCAAACAUAAAUCUGAAAAAAUCAUCUAUAUAUGAUUGAGUGGCUAGUCAAGCUAAACAGAAAUUAUUAACUGGAUUGCAGCAUAAAAUCUUGGUUCAGUUUUCCUUCUCAGCUCUUCUUUCCUUCCUAGGCUGGAAUGGAGAAGACCUGUAACUCUUUUGGUUCCGUAGUCCUAUUAAUAUGUGUGUAGAGGUCUUGGUAUAGCCACAUAUUUCUAAGAAAUACUCCAUACACGGGUGCUGCUUUGUGAGAAAGGGCUGUUCAUAAAAUAGUUUCAGUAGCAGGCCAAGCAACCACAGCCACGAUCUGGGCAAACUUCUUUUAAUGUGUCAGUAUUUACAAGACAUCAAUAGAAACACCUUGCCUCAGAAGUUUCCUCAAAUCUUAGUGAUCAUUCUUGGUACUGUGCCCAUGACAGCCCCUGCAAGUCUCUUGCUGCCUGACGUCAAUGAGUUGUCCCGAGAUUUUUCUCUUACCUUAGACAACGUAACUUCUUGAAAUCUUUGUCCUACCUGAAGCACUGAGGGUAGGAAUGAAACCUUUUUAAGCAGUCACAGAGUAUGAAAAUAUAUAAGAAAUCAAAAAGGAACAGAGAGGCCAAGCAUGUACUUCAGGCUUUUCACCCACUGCUGUAUCACAAGAAGCUCCACUAGAGAUGCUGAGGUAAAGUGUGUUAAGUUGAAUCCUCUGUUUUGGAGUUCAGGAUAUACCUAAUGUGAGUCUGAUGCUCUCAGGUCCCAUGCUGGCCAGCAUCCCCUGGUUAAUCACCACCACCUUUGCUCAGUUCCAUCAAAAUUCAUUCUUCGUUAAUCUGUGUAGCUUACUGAAGUAAUAUUGAUACAGCAACCACAGUAGUGAUGACAUACAGUAUUAUAUAGCAAUUGGCAAAUGAAGGCAUCUCCUAAACUGAUGCCUUCUAUUUUAUUAUGCUGGCCCAUGAUGUCUGAGGCAGAUGUUGGUGGUGUGGCAGUAGAGGCUGAACCUUCCCACUAAUACUCCAUUCCAUGUUGUUGCUGUGCGGCAGAUGGCAGCUUAGGGGCAGAAUGGCGUCAGAUGUGUGAGUGCGUAUGAAGCAAAGAUGUGGAAUUGAAUUCCUCCGUGCAGAAGAAAUGGCAUCAGUUGACAUUGGUCGCUUCCUGAGUGUUUAUAAAUAACAAGCAGUGCAUGGUAGCGCAGUGAAGCGGUGGAUGGUGCGUUUCAGUGGUGAUAGUGGCAGCGGGUCAUCUCAGCAGGUGCUGAUUUCUCACAAGUGCAGCGCUCUCGUUUGUGGCUGGCAAAGCUGCACAGCUAAUGGUAGUGACUGCACUGCAAAUACUGUUUGGUAGUUCUGUCACAUCCUGGGCUCUUUGUGUCUGUUGUAUUUUCCAUGGAAAUAAAUAGGAGGCGUUACUCUUUAACUCUCAGUGCACUGCAUGAUGUUAUGAUGUGGAAUACCGAUAACAAAACAUCAUAGAACCAUGAUGUAGGAGCUAUGAUAUACCCAGUCAGUGCCGUGCUCUUUGGCCCAGGUGCCAUGAGUCUUUUUCAUAAAGGAGUCCAGUUGUCUAAGUUAGUUCUUUCUUGGGUGCCUUUAGCAGUCCAGAUCUUCCUGAACCACGUCAGUUUUGGUAGCCUGGUUCACCUGCUGUAUAUUUUCAUGUUCAGUGGCCUAACUUGGAUACAUGAGCAUCUGCUUGACAUGCUUUUACAACCAAGCUUUCUAUUCCUUUCUGUGCAUGCAGCAACAUUGGAAGGCCAUCUGAAUGGCUUUCACCUCUGAACACUGGCUUGAUUCACUUUCUCUUUCAGCAGUUUCCUGAGACAUGCAAGAAAACCAAGACACUGUAUCUCUGAGAGUAAUGUUCAAACGCUUCAUGAACUUCCUUCAGUCGUCUUUUCUCUAGGCUGAACAAAGUGACCUCAGCCACUGCUCACAUAUCUUGCUUUCUAGACCCUUCUCUAUCUUCAUAGCUUUCCUUUGGAUUCUCUCCAAUGUUUUUAUGUCCUUCUUAUAUGGUGUUGCUCACAACUGAACACAGAGCUCAAGGUGAGGCCAUACCUGCACAAAGGGGGACAGUCCUCUCUAGAGUAGCUGUUGCUGCCCUUAUCUAGCUAGCAAUGCUGUUCCUGAUGCACUCCAGGUAAGGAUGGCCCUUUUGGCUGUCAGUGCAUACUGUUGACUCAGAUUCAACUUGCUGUCACCCACAGAUCCCUUUACACAGGGCUGCUCUCCAGCCCUUUGUCCACUCAUCUAUAUUAAUAUAUAUCUACUGUUGCACCAUUCCAAGUUCAGAGUUGCAAGAUUAAGAGCACUUGACAAUGGGCUAGUAACAGACAUUGUAUGCAAGUAUAACAGAGCUGUGGAAGUGUAAUGAGACAACAGUGGUAGAAGACUGUGAGCCUCAGAUGCUCAACCAACGGGUGCCAGGAGAGGCUUUACACGCGUCAGACCCAGGAUGUAUAAUGGAAUGGAUUUCACUGACUAGUUGUGCAAUUUCUGGCUUGUCAGUAGGGGGUGCGCGCCCAUCAUUGCAAUAAUGAAUAAACUGCUCUUCACAGAGA